AUGGGUUGCUCUGCCUCCCUUCCAGAUAGGAGUUCUUCUGGGCGGUUGGUCGGGCCAAAUUCCGAAAACGGUGGCGCUUCUGAUGCCAAAAAUCUACGCGUGAAGCUAGUUUUGUUGGGUGAUUCUGGCGUUGGUAAAAGCUGUAUUGUUCUGCGUUUUGUUCGUGGUCAGUUUGACCCCACAUCCAAGGUGACAGUAGGAGCUUCAUUCUUGUCACAGACGAUAGCUUUGCAAGAUUCUACAACAGUUAAAUUUGAAAUAUGGGACACUGCUGGCCAAGAGAGGUAUGCUGCAUUGGCCCCCCUUUACUAUCGCGGUGCUGCAGUUGCAGUGAUUGUAUAUGAUAUAACAAGUCCGGAAUCUUUCAACAAAGCGCAGUAUUGGGUUAAGGAGCUACAGAAACAUGGGAGCCCUGAUAUUGUCUUGGCCUUGGUCGGUAACAAAGCUGAUCUUCAUGAGAAACGUGAAGUUCCUGUUCAAGAUGGCAUUGAAUAUGCAGAAAAGAAUGGAAUGUUCUUUAUUGAGACCUCUGCAAAGACAGCAGAUAAUAUUAAUCAGCUGUUUGAGGAAAUUGCCAAGCGGCUACCCCGUCCAGCCAUUUCGUCAACGCAGAAUCCAUGA